AUGCCUCCUCUACUAGGCCCUCCGGAGCUUCAUCUUCCGGCUAAGCCUAAACCCAUCACAAAACUAGAAACACACUCAACCAUACUCCUAUCCAACAACUUCAACCCUUGCCUAGAGUUUUUCCUCAGAACCUGUUCCAAUGACCCACGACAAAGUUAUUAUCAAGACGACUGGAUUGAUAAAGUUUGGGGACACGAAUGGCUUGACGACUGCCUUGAAAAAGCUUGGAAACAGAAUCCUCUCACCACUCUAAAGCUCAUAUAUUACCAGAGAAUCUUUGGAGGGAGUGACAAAACAGCGUUUUACGCCGCGGCUAAAUGGUUGCACAAGUAUCACCCGCUAACUCUAGCUUGCAAUGCCAUGGUUUUUGGAGCUAUGGGCUGGUUCCAUGAGUUGUUGGAGAUUCUUCAUAGUCUUGAGUGGUACAUUAGUCAGCAGGAUAUGAAAAGAGUCGAAAAAAACUUUAUCAAGAAAACCAAGAAAGAGGGUAGAAAAUAUAGUACAGAGAAAGAGGGUAGAAAAGAUGAUGGCAAAAGAGAUGAGCCUGCUUUACUGAAAAAAGAAAGAGAUAUGCUUGGAUUUGAAUUAGCAGUAGAGAGUUACCAGAAAGAUGGAAGCUACCGAUACUUACAUAAUCGGAUAUCAGAUUUAUUUGCUGAGUUUCUAAGAUCAGAUAUGCAGUUUUUGUGCUCUGGUGAGAUUAAAAAAAUCAGCCUUGCUUCCAAAUGGUGUCCUUCAAUUGAUUCAGCUUAUGACACACGUACCAUUAUGUGUGAAGGUAUAGCAAGGAAGGUUUUUCCCCGUGAUGCCUAUGCAGAAUACAGAGAUAUUGAAGAGGCUCAUUAUGCUUACAGGGUUCGUAAUCGUCUGCAGACACAAGUUCUUGCCCCACUACGCAAAGCACUCGAGUCAAGAGAGAGUAAUCUGGGUGAAAAAAAGCGGGAGUCAUUCACAAAUCGAGCUGUUAAGGCGUCGAUAAAGAGUUACAAGAAGAUCUACGAGGAAAAAGAUGAGUGUCUUAGAUUUAGGCAUUAUUUGAUGUUGUGUAAUGUGUGGGGAAGGCCAACAAUUGGUGUUGGACUAAAAUUUCCUCACCAAAUUAUAGCCUCGUUGAAGAACAAUCAUGAUGAUAGCGAAGAGGAACUUCAAUGGGGAAAGCUAAUUGGAGAAUGUAGGAGACAAGGGAAAUUUAGGAAUUGUUUAGCCAUCUGUGGCCUAUCUGAAAGCACGAGAGGUACAUUUAUGGAGGAAAUUGCUGUGGCAAUGGGGCUAUUUAUCUCGGAACUCAGUGACUAUCCAUGGAAAGGGAAGGUAUUUACAUUCAGUGAAUAUCCUAAAUUUCGCAGAAUUGAAGGGGAUAGUCUUCGAUCAAAGGCGGAGUUUAUAAGGCAAAUGGAUUGCAAGGAGAGCUUGAAUUUUAUCAAAGUUUAUGAUCGGAUUCGGCAAAUUGGAAUCGAGGAAAAAGUUAAUAAUGAGAACAUGGUGAAGAAGAUUUUUGUUUUUACAGAUAGAGAUUUUGAAACUGUAGACAUAAAUCAAUGGGCUUCAGACUAUAAGGAAGCAUGGAAGAGCUAUAGACCUAGAGGGUAUAAGACAGUGCCAGAAAUUAUUUUUUGGAAUCUCAAGGAUUCCAUUGGUUGUCCAAGGGAGAUCAGAACAGAGAAACACCAUCGAGGGUGGUUGAUGCUUCACGGGUAUUCAAAAAUUUUGAUGAGUUUGUUCCUGAAGGAAGACGGGGUUGUAAAUUUGGGGAGUGUAAAUAUGUUGAAUUCUGUUCCAACACCAGAAGAUGUGAUGAAAUCUGCCAUUUCUAGAGAAAAAUUCAAUGAUGUACUUGUGCUUGAUUGA